CUCUUCUCUCCCUCCACCCCAGACCCCAAACCUCAAGCGAAGAAAAGAUAAAAAAGCAAAAAUGGAAGGCCUCACCCCCACCCAAAUAACAUCCUUCCACGAAAACGGCUACCUAGUCCUCCCCAACCACCUAACCCCCACCGAAAUAACCUCCCUCCUAACCGAGACCCAAACCCUUCUCGACACCUUCUCCCUAGAAACCCAUCCCCUAACUCAAUUUACCACCGGCGACGACGCAAAAGACAACAAACCCCAUGUUGGCGACGAUUACUUCCUGACCUCCGGCGACAAAAUCCGCUUCUUCUUCGAACCCGACGCCUUCUCGUCCACCCCGGACCCAACCACCGGGAAACCCGCUCUUCUGAAGCCCAAGCAGCAAGCCGUCAAUAAGAUCGGGCACUCGCUGCACACGCUCUCGCCGCCGUUCCGGGGCGUAUCACUGUCGGAGCGGAACGCGGCGAUUGCCAGGUCCUUGGGGUUCAAGGAUCCAAGGGUGUUGCAGAGUAUGGUUAUUUGUAAGCAGCCGGGGAUUGGGGGGGCAGUGCCAUCGCAUCGGGACUCGGAGUUCUUGUAUACGAAUCCGCCGUCAGCGGUGGGGUGGUGGUUUGCGUUGCAGGAUGCUGGGCCGGGGAAUGCGACGCUGGGGAUGUAUCGGGGUUCGCAUCGGGGGAGAAAGGGGGGUGCGGUGAGGAGGAGGUUUGUGAGGAGGAAUGAUGCGGAGGGGAGGGCGGUUGGGACGGAGUUUGUGGAGAAUACGGGGGCUGCGUUGCCGAGGGGGAUGGAAGAGGAUGAGGAGGAGGGACAGGGGCCGACGGACGAGGAUUUGGAAAUCUUGGAAGUGAAGGCUGGGUCGUUGGUUUUGAUUCAUGGGAAUGUUCUGCACAAGAGUGAGAGGAAUACGAGUGAGCGGAGCAGGUUUGCGUAUACGUUCCAUGUCAUUGAGGGUGCGGAUGGAUGGGAGUAUGAUGAGAGGAACUGGCUGCAGCCUCCGGAGAGCGGGGAGGGGUUCUCCAAGUUGUAUCGAUGAUUCAAUAGCUACCGGUGUAGUGGGUUUAUUUGUGAUGGACGUCAAUAUCAUCAAUUGCGCUAGUUACAUUUAUAUUGCCAUGAUACAGUUGGGCGAUCCCAAA